AUGGUCUACCAACAUCCUUCCGGUGCAAACAACGCUCUUUUACCAUUUGCUCACAAUGAAUCUCGCCCACCAAACGAACUAGCUCUAAGCACUGUUGUUCCUCCUGCAUCAACUUCUACCGUAAACAUCAACCAUCCUACGACAACCGCCACUAAUAAUAUUAUUACGACUUCAGAAUCUUAUUUUGGCCCGCCUUACUCUGUUUCUGGCUCAUAUACACGCAGCGGUGCAUUGGGUCUUGGACUUAGUAUGGGAAUUGGUGGGUACUCUUCUUUAACUUCUGAUUCACUGGACGGUCCUAGUCUACCAAGCUCUAGUAUUGUGGACUCAGAAGACGGUAAAGGCAUUUACUUUUUUGAAGAAAAACGAAUGGCUGGAGGUAAUAUCCCAGGAUAUAUGGAGUUUACCAGCGGUAAUUCCAUGUAUAAAAUGGAAUACCAUGGAAUUUCAGGCACAUCAAAUGAUACCCCAAAGAGUUUUGCACGACACCGUGAAAGAUUUAGUGAUAAUAUGCUGGAUGAUAAUGAUGAGGAAGAAGAAGAAGAAGAUGGGGACAAUGAAAGUUUUUGUCAAGAAGAAAAUGAUCAAGAAAAUAGUGAAAAGUUAGGAAACGGUGGUGGCAAAAGACGUCGCAAUUUUGGUACCCCUAGCGCUAAACGAUUUCACGAUAUGACUUGUGACUUGCCUCCUAGUUCGCCACCGCCACCUGUCGACAUGGAUGAAGACGAUGAAGUCAAUGAUUUUGGAGAGUUUAACUUGACUAAAGAUACAAACGCACAGCGUCAUGUCUUUGAAACUGAAGCUGAUUCUUCUUUAAUUAUGGAUCCCCAUAUUAACAACAGUACAUAUACUCCACCAAGCAUCUCUUCCUCUUCUUCUUCAUCUUCGCGCAAACACGAAAAGAGCACACUUAAAAGCGCAGCAUCAUUUUUUUCUAGCAGGAGAAUACCUGCUCCGAUGUCGUCUAAUGGCGCAUACAGUGCAAAUAGCAUCAGCAUUGUUUCGCCUAUUAAAAGCAAAUCCGCUUACCGUUCGGCUUUUAAAAACCCUAAGGACAAGCAAUCUAUUUUAUCUUUGCCGUUGUUAUCUUCAUCAUCGUCGGCAGCAUCAUCCUCGUUUCCCUUGCAUCAUGCACACUCUGUAGAACACCAUUAUUACCAGCAUCUUCCUCAUCACGGACCUGAACCAUGGGGGUACGCUCAGGCCCGAGAAAUUAUUAAAACUGCAUGUAACGACAAUGACCGGUCAAUCCACCUCGACGAUAUGGGACUCACCGAUGUACCACCAGAGAUUGCGGAUCUCAAGCAUAUGGUAUGGACCGAUAAAAACAUGCAGACCAUAUGCUCAGAUCUUCAUUUGUAUUUGGCCAACAAUCAACUUACACGCGUCCCGCCGCCACUGUUGGCCUUGGACAAUCUCACAGUGCUCUCCCUACGGGGAAACCAAUUGACCGACUUGCCACCGGCUGUGGCUCGUUUUGGUAGGCUUCAGAAUUUGUCGAUCGGUAUUAACUGCCUCAAGUACCUGCCAAGCGAACUGUUAUUGCUCAAAAACCUGACGGUCCUUGCACCACAUCCUAAUCCUUAUCAGCAGAUCCCCGCGGAACAUCGUGAGCUUGCAGAAUCCAUCAAACAGAAAAAGACUACAGGUGGCAGUGUGUCAACAACUGAUGGCGAUGGUUAUUAUUUCAUUCAAAAAGAAGAUACCUCUAUUUCUCGACCUAAAGAAUAUACCGAAGGUGCUAUACGAUACUGGGUUGAGCCUCAUGUUGAUUUAAAAAAAUACGGGAACCUUAUUGCCUUUGCACGACCAGUUCCUAAAGAACAUCAAUUCCCUGAAGCCACUGAAAAGGCUAUAGCAUCUCAACCAGUCCAUUUACCUUCACCUUUACCCUCUCCAAGUUCAUCCUUCUCCGGAACUGAUGCUCUGAAAACACCUAUUACAGACACAUUUGCUAGUACCACAAAACAACAUGCCGCCGUCAUUGCGUCUACCGAUAUACAUCUACCAUCACCGGCACGCACAAUCAGCGAUAAAUCUCAAGAGACAAUAUCAACUCUUAGCAUUGGGGAAGAAGCUGCGCGGUGUAAUGCGCUGAAAACAGGCCUACCUCCGCAUGUUCUUGUGGGCCCACCACAUCUUAGCGAUUACUGUGCACGCGUGGUUGCAGCACAUGUACGACCUGAGAGCGCAGAACUUGAUACAUUAUGCGAUGCACGCACACAACCGGUUGUGCGCGGGCUUGUAGAUGAGGCUGCCAUUGCAGCACAGCGAGGAGCUAGGUGUGGGCAGUGCUAUGGCGAAUUGGCGGCGGAGUCAGCGGGCACAAUGGGGGCUGGAGUCGGACAUGCGUUUGAAUGGUGGGACGGCAUCAAGGGUCACCAUGGACUGGUAUUUGUGCGCGAAUUUUGUAGCACUCGAUGUGUUGUGGAGUGGGCCCAGGGAGUGAAUUCGCAGCUGCCCGAGUGUCUUGAUCUGUGGGCAUCUUCUAAUGUCCGUACUUUUAACUAUUAA